AUGCGCCCAGUCACGGCGUACUACCAGAUGCCACCGCUUUACCUGUACGACGACUACGAUCGCUGUCUGGAGGAGUUCCCGGUCCGGUCGGUUUACUGUCUGGUCGAUAGCUGGGUGGCACCGAAUGACACUAUCGCCGGCUGGUCGGUGAUACGGCACUUUUCGGGCGACACGAAGCGCAGCUUCCGACACGAUCGGCUCCAGCGAGGCCUCUGCAUGAAUCGCUGCGCCCAGCUGAUGGCCAAGUACGACAGGCGCACCCAAAUGAAGUAUUUUAAGGCGCGCUUCGACCAUCCAGGCGCGCAUGACAUCACGUUCGACCCGAACACGUUCCGGGGGGCACUCGAUUGGCGCAAUCGCUACCGUCGAUUAGCCAAUCAAUGUGUCAAUUUCGAGCUCCUGCGCCAGUACCAGCUGAUGGCGUACUCUACGGUCGAAUACUGCACAAUCGUCGACCGCCGUCGUCCGACGGAGCGAUCCGCUGUGACAGGCACAUCCGGACAGGACUCGGCAGAUACCGUGGACGUGCUCUUUCUGGUCGUCCUUGGCACACUGCUCACCCUGGCGGCGUUCUCGACGUGCUACGACUAUCAGCGUUACCGUAAAAUCCGGCCACCGACAGCCGAGGCCCACGAAGGCACCCGUGGGCUGAAGGAUUACUAUCAAUCCGGAACGGGACAUCCCGGUCGGUGGACCAACUUGUUGGUGGCGUUUUCGCUGCCGCGGAACUGGCAAUCGCUAACGACCUCCGGCCAAGAGGACACCGCCAAGGCGCAGGACCUUCGCUUCAUCCAGGCGGCGCGCUUCCUCGUCAUGUACCUGGUGAUUGCUGGCCACUCGAUGCUCUUUAACUGUAUCUUUCCGCUGCUCAACCCACAGUACGUCGAGCUGAACUAUCGCCGACUGGUGACGAUGCUAAUAUUUAACGGCAUCACCGUGGUGCAGAUCUUCUUCACUAUCAGUGGAUUCCUGUUGGCGGUUCAGUUCGCGGACCUUGUCGAACGGAGCGGCCAGCGCAUCUUCGGAUGGCGCAACUUUGGCCAAAGCAUCCUGUAUCGGUACCUAAGGUUGACCCCCGUGUACGGGUUUAUGAUGCUGCUCGACGCCACCUGGCUGAUCCGGCUACAGGACGGACCGAUCUGGAAGCGGAUCGUCGAAACAGAGCGCACCUUCUGCCGGAGCAACUGGUGGGCGAACGUUCUGUACGUCAACAACUACGUCACGGUCUCGCAACCGUGCCUCCAGCAAAGUUGGUACCUGGCGACCGACUUUCAGCUCUUCGUCCUCGGGCUGAUGCUGCUUGGCGUUACGUGGCGGUUCCCGAAAACACUGAUGCCCCUCUUCGCGCUGGCUUCCCUCACGGCCCUGGCCGUGCCUGGCAUCGUGACGUACAUCAAUCGCUUCGAAGGAGUCGUCAUGCUGCGACCCGAGGCCCUUAAGUACGUGCUGUGGUACGAUCCGGCGUACCGCAGAAUGUACAUCCCGACGCACACCAACGGGGGCAGCUAUUUGGCCGGCUUGAUGGCUGGGUUGAUGUAUCGGAAGCUGAAGCAUCGCGGUUUCGAGGCCGCGCGAAACAAGCAAUUCAUCGUCCUUUGGUACGCAUCACUUCCGGUCGCGAUAGCUUCGCUCCUGUCGGCGUACAUAUUCUACGCGUACGACUUCGAGAAGCCCGCUCUCUGGAUAGCCCUGUACGCGGCGUUGGCGAAAAACCUUUGGGGCAUCCUUUUCGGUGUCCUGUUCGUUGGAUUGGCGCUCGGUGUCGGUGGAUUCAUACGCCGUGCCCUCCGUAAUCCAAUCUUUCGGCCCCUGGGUAAGGUAACGUACUGCGUGUUUCUGUGCCAUCUGUUCAUCAUCCGUGUCACGUUGGGUAACGAGCGGCAACCGAUUUACGUUAGCGACAUGAGGAUUCUCGUUUCGACGUCAUCGACGCUGGUGUUGGCGCACGUCAUGGGCACGCUAAUGUGCCUGUUGAUAGAGAUUCCGUUUGCGAACGUUCAGAAAGCUAUCUUUCGUCGACCGACCCAACGCCAAAGUACGGAAAGCCCGCCCAGGCCCAACCGAAAGCGUCUACCGUGA